AUGUCGACUGAAGCUGAAACAAGCAACAACGGUGCCUUGGAGAAGGAUGUUGGUGGCAUUGCGCCCCAGCAAUCCGCCGACACUGCCCCCGAUGUCACCCAGAUGUCAGCUCACGAGCAUGAAGUCGCCCGCGCCGCUGCACGCUUCGGAUACGGACCUUUGGCUCACGUCAACACUACCGAUGCGACCCUCCGUCCCUUCGGUGGUGAGUUCCAGCCUGGUCUGUACAAGCCGGUAACAGACCGCAAGUUCGGUAACCCUGCGCCUUUGGGUCUGUCUGCUUUCGCUCUCACCACUUUCGUGCUGAGCGCUAUUAACAUGAACGCUGCCAAUAUCACUGAGCCCAAUAUCGUUGUCGCAUUGGCUUUUGGUUAUGGUGGUCUGGUGCAGCUGUUGGCUGGCAUGUGGGAAAUGGCCGUUGGUAACACUUUCGGUGCUACUGCUCUGUCUUCGUAUGGUGGUUUCUGGUUGUCCUUCGCUAUCGUCCUCACUCCCGGUGGAUUCGACAUCGCCGAGAGUUUGGGUGGUGCAUCAUCCCCAGAGUUCAAUUACUCCUUCGGAUUGUUCCUCAUGGGCUGGUUCAUCUUCACCACCGUCCUGCUCUUCUGCACCCUCAAAUCGACCGUCGCUUUCUUCCUGCUCUUCUUCUUCUUGGACCUUACCUUCCUCCUGCUCGGUAUCGCUUACCUGCAGGGUGGUGGUACUGCUGCCAACCCCAAGAUUGCUAAGGCUGGUGGUUUCUUUGGUCUCCUGGCUGCUUUCGCUGCCUGGUACAACGCUCUCGCCGGUAUCGCCGAUACUAGCAACAGCUUCUUCAUCCUUCCCGUCAUCCACUUCCCUUGGUCUGCCACUGGUCGCAGCCGCCGUGAGAAGAGCAAGCGGGAGCUGGCGUAA